AUUCAUCGCCAACCUUGAAUAAAUGAAUAUUCACCAAGGACUUUAAUCACCAUCUCCUCUUAUUCAAAUCUCUCCUCCUUUUCACCCUGUCCUCGCCGUUUCCCACUGUGACACCCACCCCACCAUGGCCGAUACCUCGAAGCAGUACGACAUCGUGCUCCUGGGCGCCACAGGAUUCACCGGGAAACUGACCGCGCAGCACAUCGCCGAAAAACUCCCCACGUCCUUACGAUGGGCAAUCGCGGGGCGGAAUGCUAAAAAGCUGGACGAUGUCUUGAGCGAUUUGACGAAGCGGUAUCCGACCCGGACAGCGCCAGCCGUGGAGGUGGUUGACCAGAACGUCAAGGAAUUGACGGCGUUGGCGAGGAAAACCAAGUUGAUCAUCUCUACUGUUGGUCCGUUUCAUAGACAUGGCACACCGGUGGUGGAGGCGUGCGCGACGACGGGAACACAUUAUAUUGAUAGCACAGGAGAAGCCCCAUGGGUCAAGGACAUGAUUGACAAGUACCAUGAUCUUGCCAAAUCCACAGGCGCAAUAAUGAUCCCUCAAUGCGGGAUUGACUCCGUUCCAUCCGACCUGAUCGCAUGGGCGUUGGUGGAACUGGUACGAAAGAAGUUGGACGCUGGUGUCCGAGACGUGGUCAACGGCGUGACCGUUUUCGACUUCAAACCCAGCGGCGGAACCCUCCUCACCAUGCUAACCCUCCUGGAAUCAUUCUCCUUCAAACAACUCGGCACCUCGAUGAGACCAUUCGGCCUUUCCCCCGUCCCGCGGCCCCGCGCCACCGCCACCCGACCCGGCACCCUCCUGACCAAGCUCUUUGGCUACUUCCGUCACCCAGACAUCGGGACACUGACCAGCUGGACCAUGGCCGCGACGAACGAGGCGAUCGUCGGCCGCUCGUGGGGCCUGUUCGACGGCGGCAAGCACUACGGCGGAUCUUUCCGCUUUGGCGAGUUCCGUAAAGUGCGGAACGUCGUGGUGGCGAUGAUCAUGCAUUUCGGUCUCGCGUUUAUUGCCAGCCUGGUCGCGUUCCCUCCUGCCCGGAAGCUGAUCCAGAAAUUGGUGGUUCAGCCGGGUUCCGGACCGGAUCCAGAGACGACUAAGGGUAAUCGAUUGGAGUAUCGUGCGGUGGCGGUGGCAGAUACCUCACCUCCGCGGAAGGCGCUCGCGAAAUUCAGCUAUGAAGGAGACGGAUAUUAUUUCACCGGCCUGCUACUCGCGGAGGCGGCCAUGGUGGUGCUCGAGGGGAGUGAUAAAGUCGCGGCGAAGCAGAUGGGCGGUGGGAUACUCACGCCUGCGACUCUGGGAGACGAAUAUGCGGACCGGCUUCGGAGGGUGGGCGUCCAGUUGGAGGCGUCGAUGCUUUGAGUGUAGAAUAUUUUGAUGGCCAGCCAGUAACAUGUUCGAAUUUCACCCAGAUACGUGA